GAAGCAAUACAGGCUAACUUUAAGAAUGGAUUCAGCUACAACGUUAUUCUAUGCUUUCUUGAGAAGUAUCAUCGUUGUGUUGCGUUGUUGACGCUUAAAAGGAGGCUAUCUGAAUGCAAUCUUAAAAGAAACAAGGCGGAGGUCGAUUUGUCUGACGUGGAGAGAUUGAUACGAAACGAGCUGGAUGGCCCAGGCAGCAUUUUUGGUUACAUAAGGAUGUGGCAUACAUUGCAUGUGAAGUAUGGCUUGUAUGUUCCAAGGGUUAAGGUGGCAUCCCUUUUAAGAGAGUUAGAUCCAGCUGGAGUAGAACAGCGAAAAAGGCACAAGUUGAAAAGAAGAAAGUAUAACUCACCUAGACCAAAUUACUGCUGGCAUGUGGAUGGGAAUGACAAAUUAAAAUCUUUUGGCCUUCUAAUUCAUGGUGCUAUUGAUGGCUAUAGUGGCAAGGUAUUACGGCUUUAUGUUGACAGGACUAACAAUGAUCCAAAGGUCAUGGCCAAAUAUUUUGUAGACUGUGUUGAGGAGGUCGGGGGCUGCCCUUCGUUACUGAGAACAGAUUGUGGAACUGAGAAUGUAGUAAUUGCAGGUGUACAGAGCUUUCUAAGAGCAGAGUGUGAUGAUGAU